CCACACUUCCGCCGCCGAGGGCCAGCUAAGCUGAUUCACGUUUGCUGCUACGGAUUUUAUGAAACUGGCACGACUCAUGAAGGUGUUCAUCACUGGCUCGUUUCCGGCCGAGGGCAGGGCUGCGCUCGCCAAGGCUGCAGACUGUGAAGUGGAACAGUGGACUUCGGAUGAGCCCAUCCCCAGAGAGGAACUGGAGCGCCGUGUGGUGGGGGCGCAUGGCUUGCUCUGCCGCCUCUCUGACCGUGUGGAUAAGAAACUUCUGGAUGCUGCAGGAGCCAAUCUCAAGGUCAUCAGCACCUUCUCAGUGGGGGUUGACCACUUGCCUUUGGAUGAAAUCAAGAAACGUGGAAUCCGGGUGGGCUACACGCCGGGUGUCCUGACUGACGCCACCGCAGAGCUCGCCGUGUCCCUGCUGCUCACGACCUGCCGCCGGCUGCCAGAGGCCAUAGAGGAGGUAAAGAAUGGCGGCUGGAGCACGUGGAGCCCAUUGUGGAUGUGCGGCUAUGGACUCUCGGAGAGCACUGUCGGCAUCGUGGGGCUGGGGCGCAUAGGUCAGGCCAUUGCUCGACGGCUGAAACCAUUUGGUGUCCAGAGAUUUCUCUACACGGGGCGCCAGCCCAGGCCUCAGGAAGCAGCAGAAUUCCAGGCCGAGUUUGUGCCUAUUGCUCAGCUGGCUGCAGAGUCCGACUUCAUUGUAGUGGCCUGCUCCUUAACACCUGAUACCCGGGGCCUCUGCAACAAGGAUUUCUUCCAGAAGAUGAAGAACACAGCUGUCUUCAUCAACAUCAGCAGGGGAGAUGUCGUAAACCAGGACGACCUGUACCAGGCACUAACCAGCGGUAAGAUUGCAGCAGCGGGGCUGGACGUGACCACCCCAGAACCCUUGCCUCCAAGUCACCCACUGCUGACCCUGAAGAACUGUGUGAUCCUGCCUCACAUCGGCAGUGCCACCUAUAAAACUCGAAACACCAUGUCCUUGCUGGCAGCUAACAACUUGCUGGCUGGCCUACGAGGGGAGCCGAUGCCCAGUGAACUCGAGCUGUAGCCAGAUGGGCUUUCAAGAUGGAGACAUCUUGCUGGACUUUGGACUCGGGAAAGAGCCUGGCGGAAGCCUCCUCCACUACAUCUUCAGGGGAGCAUGGGAACUGGCAAACGGGCUUGCCACGUCUAAGCCAAAAGUCUGUAAUUCUAGCAUUAAAUAAUUUCUGACACGGUG